AUGUCAAUGUCCAUUUGCCAGUUGGGUACUUUCACAAAGACCUUAAAACACUCGUCUUUUCUUUUGCAGCCUCAUGUUUUCUUUUUGAGAAGUAAGUCUACUUUCCAAAGACCUAUUGUACAUGAUUAUAUAUAUGGUGAUCAUCCGGUAAAGAAUGCUCUUCAGGCCGGAAAACGAAGCUUUGAUUGUUUAUUUGCUCAAUCCUCGAAGCAGCUAAGUGAAUACCAAAUGCUAUUGAAUGCAUUAAAGCUGAAUGUUCCUUGUCGCCUUUCCAACAAACAUGAACUGAAUGAAUUGACGGAUUCACGUCCUCACAACGGCAUCGUUUUAAAGGCUUCAACGUUGGAACCUCCAAUCAUAUCUGAGAUCGACAAUGUAGCACAGGCACAUCUUUUGAGUUCAUCCGCUGAAAAGGAAGUUCCUUCACUUGAUGCAACCUUACAGCCAUCUCCUCCUUUGUAUAUUUAUUGUGACGGUAUAUCAGACCCACAAAAUUUGGGUGCCAUAAUUCGAAGUUCUUAUUUUCUAGGUGUCCAGGGAAUUCUUUUGUCGAAAAAGCACAACUCAGUUUUAUCACCGGUCGUCAGUAAAGCAUCUGCUGGUGCGCUAGAGUUGAUGAAUAUCUACCGGAUUCAAAAUCCUAUUCAGUUUUUAAAAGACUGUAGUCUAAAAAAUUGGAAAGUGUUUGCUACUGCCCCAAUGGGAAGCAUGUCAAAUGCAAAUCAAACUUCCCUGCUUACUAUGCCUGAGAGCCUGGCAGCGAAGCCAAAGAUCGUUGUUUUUGGAGGAGAACAUGGAUUAAGGACAAAUAUGAUUAGACAAUGCGAAUACGUUAUAACACUGCCAUAUGGAGAUCAAUAUGUAGACUCGUUGAACGUUUCUGUCGCUGCAGGGAUCAUUUUACAUUCUCUGAAAGAUUACUCCUUAAAAAUUACAGAAAACAAUGAAUCGAAACUUUAA